ACACCCCCACACUCCAACAACGGUAACUAAUCUCAGUCUCUCUCUCUCUCACUAUCUCUCAAAAUGUGUCUCUUUGUCUCACUACAAACAAUUUUACUACUGACUUUCAUGUGCGUGCCUUUUGUCAUGCCCUUCACGGUGAUCAUGUCGGACUCCGGCGUGCCCUCGGCCCUAGUGGAUGCCCCGCAAACCGGGUUCUCGAUGAAUAAUAAAGGAGCCCGGACGGAUGCCCGGGAGCAAGAAGCAGUUUAUGACAUCAUGAAGGCUACCGGGAACGAAUGGGCCACCGAUAUACCUGAUGUUUGUCGUGGCCGGUGGCAUGGCAUCGAGUGCAUGCCGGACAACGAUAACGUCUACCAUGUUGUGUCGUUGUCCUUCGGAGCUCUCUCCGAUGACACUGCGUUCCCGACAUGUGACCCGACCCGUUCCUACUUGUCACCUUCCAUCGCAAAGCUCCCACACAUUAGGACCUUAUUCUUCUACCGUUGUUUUAGUGACAACCCUCAACCCAUCCCAUCAUUUUUGGGCCAGUUAGGGCCCAACCUAAAAACCCUAGUCCUUAGGGAGAAUGGGCAUGUGGGUCCCAUUCCUAACGAACUGGGCAAUCUGACCCGUUUGAGUGUCCUUGAUCUCCACAAAAACAAUCUCAAUGGUUCAAUACCGGCUUCACUGGGCCGGAUCACCGGUCUUAAGUCGUUGGAUUUGAGCGCCAACAAACUAACCGGUUCAAUUCCCGGUCUAACCUUCCCUGUUUUGAAUCUCUUAGACCUUAACCAAAAUCACCUUAUGGGUUCAAUUCCAUCCACCCUUGGAACCUGCCAUUCUCUCAUAAAAAUGGAUUUCAGCCGGAAUCGCCUCUCUGGUCCAAUUCCUGAGUCCAUCGGCAACCUUAAAGGCCUAAUUCUCAUGGAUUUAAGCUAUAAUCAUCUCUCCGGACCACUUCCAAAAUCUCUCACAAACUUAAAUUCUCUUCAAACUUUGAUUCUCCAAAACAAUCCUAUGUUGUCCACAACAAUUCCUGAUGAUGGGUUCAAUGGGUUGAAAGGGUUGAUGAUCUUAGUCCUCUCUUCCACAAAUUUGCACGGUACGAUACCCGAGUCACUAGGACAUUUACCCAAUCUCCGAGUCCUUCAUCUAGAUGGAAACAACCUGAAUGGUUCGAUUCCAUCAAGCUUUGGUAAGCUGAACAAACUGAGUGAGCUUAGGCUAAACAACAAUGGGUUAUCAGGACCUGUCCCAUUUGGGAGAGAGAUGGUUUGGAGGAUGAGAAGGAAGCUAAGGCUCUACAACAAUUCAGGACUAUGCUAUGAUGCAAGUAAUGGUUUCGAGAAUGGUUUGGACUCAUCAUUUGAUUCAGGUAUUGGUCCUUGUGGAGAGAGACCUAAACCCGGCUCAACAACCGUGCAACAUUUUUCCACCAUCAAUGGAGAAAUGACAAGAUCAGAAAAUAAGUCACUUGCUGCAGUUCAUAAAUGUUCACUUUUUGGUAGGUUACUGAUUCGGCUAUCAACAUUUCUGCUGUUUGUACUGUGUUUAUUUUAGGGUUGAGUGCUUAAGAUAUAAGUGUAUAUGUAGUUGCUGUCUCACACGUAUGAUUGUAAUCUUUAAAUAUAAGUUUGAAAUGUCUGGUAAGAGCUGCACAACAAAUGAAACGACUUUCCAAGAAAUAAUAUAUAGUACACAACAUUACCAGGCUAGGACGAUACACUUUAACUUCCACUUCCACUGCUAAGACCUAAAUGAAGACAUCUGAAUUCUGAAACCAUCAAACAAAGACCAAAAGAAGUCUUGAAAACUCCGAAAACAAAAAAGGGCGACAAAUACAAGAGCAACA